AUGCCUUCGUUGAAUUCCCACCGAAAGCUUGUCAAGUCUGUGCUGACAGCGUUUGGUAUGAAGCGAUGUCAUGCCCUGACAUUUGCUGGGCAUCGCGCUGUCUAUGUGCUUGGUGGGCUUCAAGCAGCCAAGGAAACGCUAGAGUCUUUGCUCUCCAAGUUGAAUGAACCGCCGACCAAGAAUGCCAUCGCGAAAGUAGCAAAUGACAUGUCGAAGGGUCUGGCUGUUCUACGGCAAAUGGUCAAGCAAAUUUCAUCGAUGGAUUUGGAGUUUGUCGAAACACGGCUUUGCGUGCGGGAGGCUCAUUGCUGGGCAACAUCCACUGAAGACCAGCGGAAGGAGUUCUUGUCUGCUUGGGCAGGGAUGUGGCGAAACAUGGUGCAGAAGGUCAGCAACAUCGAUGCUUCCCGUUCACACCGAAGCCAAGAAGAUUGGGAAGAUUUUGCGGCUUCUGAGAGCAAAAAGUUGUACAAGUUGAACGUGAAGACUUUGGCUCAAACUUUGGCUGCGUCUGUGCCGGAUCUCAUUGCCCAGCUCAACGGCCAGGGGACACUCCCAGAUGGUUUUCCAUCCGAAUUGGUUGAUCUGCUUCCGUCUGAUUCUUCUCCAACUCAAGAGUCACGGCCUCAAGAAUCCAAGGAGGAGACGGAGAACGAGAAGAUUGAAUCGAGCUUGAAGACCGUUAAGAAAGACUUGUUGGUGAGAGGCUUGGUCGCGCUUCACACCCAAGAAGCAAAAUGUCAGGAAGCGGCGAAUUGUGAGUUGUGGGAGAACCAGGUCCUGGAAUAUGUGACAAUACUUGGUUGCCAUUCCCAAGCGCUGACGCAAAAGUCAGCAAGCAUUGGGAAGCUCACCAGGUUGACCUAUGCCGGCAUCUUGAAGAAGAAAGUCACGAUGCGGCGCAAGGUCGAGGACGAUGGUCUAGGCCCGACGAGUGACCUUCGCUGGAACGAGGCUGUGGCAGCGCUCCGCAUGUGCUUUGCAGGUCGUUGUGUAGUGGUGCCUCGUGGACAGCCAGUCUCUGCUUUUAAGAUCAAGGUCAGAAUCCCGUCUACGUUCUUCGAGAACUUGGGCUAUGAUGCAUACAUGAUUCCCAUCACCAAGCAGCUCUCCCCCGAGAUGUCACUGAAAAGCCCACUUCUGUGUCCAGCUUGGUUGGUGAAAGGAAAGUCGAAGGGCACAAACAUGAUCUUUGAUCAGGUUGAUGUAAAGGUUCGCUUGUCCAGAGGCAGUCUCAUAGACCUUGGACUUCCAGCUCUUCGGCUCAUCCGACCGGAAGAACUGGUCAUCGCCAAUGUCAAAACUCCGGGCAGCAGCAAAGGGGAGGACUUGCUAUGGGCUGGCUUUGAUUUGUCCCGUCCAUUCACACAUAUCGAGGUUUCAGAGGGUGCUGCCAAGAAUGAGGCAAAGGUGGCCAAGGAUCAGCGCCGCAAGCAGCGUGCAGAAGCUUUUGAGGAAGUCUUUGACGGGGACGGGGACGAAGUGACCCCUGCGGAUGGACAAUUGCUUGUGCCCGCCUCCUUCGUGAAGCAUGUCUUGCGUUGA